AUGGAUUUUGAAUAUCUGGUUCCAAAGAAUGCACGGCUGAGGGCCCACAUCUCACAGCGAACAAUCUACGGCCAGGAAAUAUGGUUUAAAGUGCAAGGCCACUUAGCCAGGUUUGGUCUGCAAGAGUAUGCUCUUGUCACGGGUUUAAUGUGUGGUCCUCUUCCAGAUGACGCCGCGAUGGAUCGAGUUCUACAAAAGAAGAGGUUGAAGGAUAAAUACUUCAAAUCAACGGAGAGGAUUUCGUGUGGCGAACUUGAGAAAGCAUUUCUCCGACCGUCGACUCCCCGAGCUGAUCGGUACAAGCUCGGGCUUGCUCUAAUCAUCGAAGGAGUGUUCAAUGCUUCGGAUAGCCAUGUCGGUAUUGAACUUCUGACGCUGUCGAUCGUGGACGAUCUGGACAUGUUCUAUUCCUACCCUUGGGGUAGAGUAUCGUACAUUCGUCUAAUAAGGGGCUUCCGACGCAGAUUGGGACGAAAAUUUGUAGAUGCCACAAAUAAGAAGGAGAAGGCGGUUACUUAUACAGUUCACGGCUUCCCCAUUGCCAUGCAGAUCUGGGCAUUCGAGGCAAUACUAAAAAUUGGGGAUAGGUUUGCUCGGCGAUUGGGUCAUCAAUCCCCACGGCUUUUGAGUUGGACGUGUACCAAACAGCCGCAACACUGGACGUAUGACGCAUUUUUCAAGAACAUUAAGCUGCACGUGUCCGUGACGCUUCAUCCCACCGAAGCCGAGUUUGGACAACCAUGUAUCUCCACCCUCAUGCCGUUUGAAGACCGUACUAUACCUGUGCUGGACGAGGUUGCAAGGGACAUUAUCCCUGCACAGCUUCACCCAGAUCCUUUGCCCAGUGGGGGGAAUGUUGGAAACUCAAGGGGGGAGUGCACAAUGGUUUUCAGUGGAAGAGGCUCCGAGUACGAUGAUGAGUCGGGGGACAGUGAGGACGAGGGAGCCCGUGAGGCGACCGAAGGUGAUAAGAGUGGAGACAGCAAUGGAGAGGCCUCGAACGAGGGGGACAGUGGGGACAGUGAGGAUGACCACACUCGUACACCGCAGACUGGGACAUUCCUUUCCCCCAUGCACAGACAUACUUCCCCAUUCAUGCACCCUCCACAUCUCAUGUACGACAAGGUCAAACCUCUGGUGCGAGCCUCACAAGAGAUGAGGUGGAGGAACUAUUGCUCGAUCAAAGAACGCUCAUCGAAAUUUGGCUGCGCACAGUGA